AUUCUACUUACUUUGAUACAGAAUGCUUUCAAUAUAAUCCAUUUACUAGUUCUAAACAUGUUCUUAUAAAGUUAAGAAUAAUUUAUCCUACAAAUGCACUUCGAUUUCAUUAUGUACAUACUAAUAAUAGUAUUAAACCAAGUAGAACAUUUCUUAUAUCAGGUUUUGUUAGGCGUAUAAGUCCUGAAGCAAUUGCAAUAGAGGCAACAGAUAUUGAUUUCAUGUAUUUAUCUAAUAAUACUGUUAUUAAUAAUAAUAUACAAGGUAUUGCUUCAGUAACUACUUCUGAUCAUCAGUCAGUUUUUGAUGAUAUGGUUGAUAAGAUUGAAACUACUAUCUCACAAGUACAAAAUAAAGGUAGCAUAUUAACUACAGGAUCUCAUAACACUACUUCUGUUCAUAAUUUAAAAGAAUCUGUUGCAUCAUCUUCAAGCUUAGCUUCUACUAAUACUGAUUCAACUCGAUCUAAAAAGGGUAAAAAGAGAUUAUCUGAUUUGGCAUUAAAUAAAGAUCAAAUUAUUGAAGAAAAACUAAAAAAAAGAAGAAAGGGUAUAAGGAGAAAAUAA